UUCCUGAGCAACUGCCUGGGAGCUGAGAGCGCCAUCCUGAAUAGACACGGGAGGCGUUAUAUAGAGAUCGCACCACAAGGAACCCAACACCCAGCACAGGGGGCGAGAGCGGGCCUUGGAGAGACACCACUGCCAAUCAAUCCAGAUCAGGAGGAGCAAAGAUUGAGAGUAUCGUGCCAGAGCACAGUGAAUAGCAGAUCUAAUGGAGACAUGCGAUCAGGAAAGCUCGGAGACGGCAGAGGGAACAAUGAAUGUUAAUGUAGACUAUUUACAGCAGCUUAAAGAUCUUGAUAUUCCUGAAGAAGAGGCCAAAAAGGCACUUAUUCUAACUGGAAAUGUCUCUGCAGAAGAGGCUGCCAUAUUUUAUUUUGACAGUCUAGAGGACCAGAAUCCAGAAGGGGAUGAAGAUCAAAACUAUUACAAAAUGGUGUUUGUGGUGAAUAUGGAGCUGCCAAUGGGCGUGGGAAAGGUCGCGGCACAGGUGGGACAUGCAGCAGUUGGUUUAUAUCAGCUCCUACUAAAGGAAUCAAAGACGAGGGAUGUGGCCUGCAAAUGGGAUGAAUAUGGGGCGAAGAAGGUUGUCCUUCAAGGUUCUAACACCACUCACCUAUUGGAACUGCAGGCUUUGGCACUUAGUAUGAAUUUACCAACGUAUAUGGUGCAGGAUGCAGGCAGAACCCAGAUUGCAGCUGGGUCAUAUACGGUCCUUUCCGUCAUCGGUGAAGAAGAAUGUGUAAAUAAAGUGACAGGAAAACUCAAGUUGCUGAACUGAAUAUGUGUAGGUACCUGAAUGGGAUCGACCCUGCAAGACCAGUGGAACUGGUGGAAGGAAUACUGGCACAACCAUCCCCAACACUUCGCCAGACCACAUGUGCAUAGCCUAUGUCUGCAUGGGCAAGUGUGAUGGGGCUGUAGUCAUCGGAUCCUGCACAUGAUCCUUUAUGUUCCAAAGCCCUCUUAAGCAAGUCAGAAAUCAAAACACAGGGCUGGCAGAAAAUCCAUAGCCAUUGGUGCAAGCAAAGAUCACUAGUGAAUACAGUUAAGCACCUCUUCAGCCAAUCUAACUUUGUAUUAGUGCUGUAUAAACUAUAUUGUCUGGUAACAAACAGCUGUACAUUAACACUAAAUCAAUUUGUAUUCCAUGGACAAGUAUAUAAAUCCAUCUUAAACCCCUCCACCCAUCCUUAAAUGUAUGGGGCUGUUGUGUUGUUGUUUUUUUCAUAUAUUUUUUGGGGGGCUUUUUUAUGCCUCUUGACAUUUUCCUGCUUCACGUUUGUAAAAAUUGCCACAAACUAUUGAGGCCACAAAAUAUUAAGGACAAAAUUGUAGCCACAGUUGCCAACAAUUAUGCACUUUCUCUUUCAUAUAAACUGUUGAGUAUGCAUUGAACUUGGCAGCGCUGAUAGAUGUUUUAUCGUAAUAAUUGUCUGACCUGCUCGCAGCCUAAAGAAAACUUGCUAUGCAUACUCAAAAAAACUAUUUUAUUUUUUUAUUUUUUUUUGCCAACACUUUUCUGACAAGGUUUUGGCGCAAUUUAUUUCCUCACCAAUUUAACUCAUUUGUGAAUAUUUCUGCCACCUUUUUCCAGUAGAAAAGUGUCAGACGUUUUCAGCCACUAUAAAUUUGGCGGUCUUCUGAGAAAUGGAAAUUUCUGUCAAAACUAGCAGAAUUUAAUAUGAAGAAAAGCAUCAUGUUUCAGAUAACUAAUGUGAUCACAAUAAUAAGAGAAAUUAGCUGCCUUUUUUCAGGACACUUUGAUAAAUAUCCCCAAUCUUGUUUUUCCUCCUCCAAUGCAAUGCAUCACUUUCUGGCUGUGCUAGGAAUGAACUGGAUGCUGAUGUCCGUGGCUAAAUCUAUUUGUACAAUCUAAUGUACAUUUAAAAUAAAUCCUGUGACAAAUGGGUGAAUUUCAA